AUGAAUCAUCUAAAACUGCCCUCCCAGAUUUUGAUUUUCCUUGUGAUGCUGCAUUGUGUUGCAACAGUUCCUCAUAACAGGUACACCCUCUCGUCCAAUGAACAGCCAGAGGAGUUGCGAGAUGGUGAUGGGUGGAUUGUUACAGAUCUGUCUGAAUAUCCCUUCUUGAGUUUUACGGGGCCACGGCCUCAAAGGGGCCUCACUGCAGUGAACAGCCAUCACAUAGAAAAGAGGAAGUGCAAUACAGCGACCUGUGUCACUCAGAGAUUAGCGGACUUUCUCAUCCGAUCCAGCAACACUAUCGGAACCGUCUAUGCGCCAACCAAUGUAGGAGCCAGCACCUAUGGAAAGAGAGAUCUGCUUCAGUCCCCUGGUUAUUUACCCCUUUAG